AUGCCCUUCAUACUGACGCUCCUGUGCAUAUUCGCACUGAGCGCGUUCAUACCCCAUGCGCUCGCUGCGUCGGCGCUCAAGCACAAGGGCAAGAAGUUCCUCCUCAUCGUCCUCGGCAUCGUCGCUGGAUUCCUGGCCGUCUUGUCUGAGCCCGGGUCCCAGGUCUCCCUGGACGAGUUCCACGAUUGGUACAACAACGAACACAUCCCGCUCCGGCUCAACAACCUGCCCGCCUUCCUUACCGGCGCGCGAUACCGCGCAUCGGAUGCCCGCACGCCGUCCUGGAUCGCGCUCUACGACAUCGCCAGCACCUCCGCGUUCGGCGACGAGGCGUACACGCGCCUGCGCUCGCAUCGCAGUCCGAGGGAAGCCGCUCUGAUCAAGCGCCUGGAGCUGCUCGACCGCAGAACCCUCGCCGCGUGCGCGUACUUGGAUUCGGGGGAGAACUGGGAGAAGACGACGUCGCUGCGAUGCGGCAAUCCAACACCGGUCUUGAUCACCCAUGGGCUUGAGGUCAGUGGUGCUGCUAGCGGCGAUGAGGGUGCGGUGGAGGCGUGGUGGAAGGGGUGCCUCGAUAUCAUGGCGACGACGGAUGGGUGGGUGCGAUCACGGGUCUUCGAGUGCAUCGAUAGCGGGAAGGUGGGGACGCGGAUCGAUGAGGGCCGCGAAAGUCAAGACGUUCCCCGCUACUUCGUCGUGCAUGAAUACACGGGAACGGCGGCCUUUACAAGACAUCCGUCUCCGGGCGUCGAGGUCGUGGAACAUCGCGAGUGGGAGCUGUAUCGAGCAUAUCCUUGCCUUGCACAAAGAAAUCUACCCGAAGACCAGGCAAAUCAGUAG